CAAGAUAAUUGAUAAUUUUAAGCUUAGUCGAGAAGCUUCUGGCUCACAAGAAAGACUGUUAUAAAGAAUUGCUGCCAGAAAGAGCCUAGAGAUGGCGGCUAGAGUUCGUGGCAGCCAAGCAGUUGGGAGGUCACUCCUUGUUCCAACGGGUUAUUGAUUAGAAAACGCAACUGUGACAAUCCAUCCCCGGCCCAUGGUGGAGCUAAUUGCCACGGGAGUUCUACAGAUACGAGAGACUGCGACGAGUGUAGCCGUGGAUUGGCCGGAUGCCAGCAUCAUUGUCGAAAUUACGAUCAUAAAGUCAGUUCACUCACUUUCGAGUGCUAUUGCCGAUAUGGCUAUAGACUCUCGGUGGACUCAAAGAGCUGUGAGAAGAGAAGAUGCGAAGCACUGAGUGCACCGGAUAAUGGUGAUAUUACUCCUUCUACAUGUGAAUCCGACCCACGGCAUGGUGAUACAUGCCUUCGAACAUGUGACCGAGGGUAUCAACCCGUCGGACCUAUGGACAUACGGCGUGAAAAUGGACAAUGGAGCGAUACUGCCGGAUUUCAGUGCAGAGUGCGUGAAUGUCAAGCCUUAGGCGAGGUGGACAAUGGUCAAAUAACUCCGCCAAUAUGUAGCACAAGACCUCUUCAUGGUCAAACGUGUGUCUACGAAUGUGCUCCCGGUUAUGUAGUUAAUGGACCUAACUCAAACAAAUGUGACAAUGGACAAUGGAAAUGUCCUUUUUCUACUUGCAAAGACUUUGAAGAUCCCUCAUUUGGAGAAACAUGCCCAUCAGAGCCGGUAAAUUAUAUCGCUGAAGAGGGAAGAAUUACAGCUACGCUGGACUUAGAGCUAAUCAAACCUACGGUGACAGACAACUCGGGUGAAGUUAGAUUAUCAUCUUCCCCUCAAGUGACCUCGCCACACGUAUUUCCCGAGGGAAUCACCACUGUGAUUUACGAAGCAGAGGACCCAACAGGAAACAAAGCACACUGCUAUUUUAAAGUCUCUGUCCAAGUUCUUCGGUGUUCCGUUUUGCUUGCACCUGCAAACGGGAAGUUUGAGAAUGGUACCUGUGGAAAUGUUUAUGGUAGUUCCUGUCGCUUUGCCUAUAACGAAGGAUACAAAAUAACUGGAUCUGUCGAAAGAAAAUGUGUCAAGAAGUCUGACACAGACGAGGCGUACUGGAAGGUAAAUGAAACUUCUUGUGCGAUUGUUCGCUGUUCUAGCCCCAUUACUCCAGCUAACACGACAAACUCUGGUCACGAUUGUCAUGAUUUCAGGCCCAGUUACAACACAAACUGUUUCUUCCGUUGCAAUCGUGGAUUUGAAGCUGAGAAAGGAUCGGAAAGAGUAACUUGCAAGGAGACUGGGCAGUGGGAUGGAGAUCCUCUUCAGUGCAGAGCUAUCACCUGCGAAUCAAUGAAAAUUGGUUCCGUGGAGGGUUUGGAAGUGACACCUCGUUCUUGUAUUAAUUCCAACGCCACUAUUCCCUACGAAAUACAAUGCAUAUUCACCUGCAAAGAUGGUUAUCAAUUAAAGGGACCUGGAUUGAAGACAUGUACUCGAUCCAAAAUACUGGAAAAUCCCUCCUGCGAAGUUUUCUUUCAUUCCCUGACGUUUCAGCGCCAGUGUUCAUAAACUGUCCAAAUAACAAUGAGGUAUUUGCUGACAGAGGGAAAAUAUCGACAAUAGUCCACUGGCCUCACCCAACUGCAAAAGACAACUCAGGCUUCGAACCAAAUGUAAUUCUUCCCAACAAACAACCGGGUGUAGAAUUUUCGUCUGGGGUGCACGUGAUCAUCUACAAAGCGGAAGACAGAAAAGGAAAUACUGCCGAAUGCAAGUUCAAAGUGAUUGUUUCAGAUCUUUAUGCCUCAGAAGCUCCGAAAAACAGAAACAGGCCAGAUAAUAAGGGCACAAACGGUGUUACGUUGUCGGGUGGAAUACCAAGCCUCCGAACUCAGACCUCUUCAGGAAGUUUACAGAGCUUUACAUCGACAUCGAGCGAUGGAGGCGAUUCCCCUCCGGCCGUUCCUGAAAAGAGCAACGAUGCGUUUCUUGUCCCAGGUACGGGAAGCAAAUUCAGUUAUUUCGUUAAAAAAAAACACUGUUCGAGUAAUAUGAAGUAAUUAAACGUCACAUGUCGGCCAAGCAAUACUAUGUGGUGAUUUCAUUUCUUUAGGUCAUUUAUCAGCUUUUAGUGCUUCUGUUUGUUCACUUGUAGGCCUGUCCAUUUUGUCGUUCAGGCCCCUUUAAUGUGGGUCAUUUUUGUUGUUUUCGUUCUUUUCCUAACCAUUUAGUUGUUCACUUUGCAUGUAAAGGUAAGGAUAACGUCACCACUUGAGUCACGAGGCUUUUAAGACGCCAGCUUUUCGUGGUCGCCUUUGCUAAACCAAGUAACAAUUUUGCCACUCAUCCGGGCUGGAGUGGGGAUGUGGAUGUUGAUCAGU